AUGACAACGAAAGAUGGUACAUUCGAGGAUAGCUUCGCUCGGCGAAUGCCCUUGGAAAUCAAGCAGAUGGUCUUCAAGUGGGCAGUAAGUAACAAUGACAACAAUGAUGAGGACGACAACAUCACAGACAUCGAGGUCGAACUUGCGCAUGACAACAAGCAGUCACUCAAGUCACCGGCUCUAGACCUUCUGGCAACACUAGCGAAGUGGUAUCUAGCGGAUGUUUACAAAGAAGCAGCACUGUAUCUCACUAUACAAUCGUUUCGUUGGGUGUUCAUCAGCAACUCGGAGCCGUAUCACUCUCUUCUGAGUGUCUUCUAUAAAAAAGUUCCAUUCGACAUUCGAAAGCGCAUCAAGCAUGUCUACUUGCGAAAGCUACGAGUAUUAAUGCCUCAAGUCUCGAAUUACUCUGAAUAUCUCCGACGUAUCGACGAGGAUGGAUCACACAGUAGACUCAAGAUCUUCAGAGCGCUCCUCAAAGAUAUCCCAGAAGGCAUAGACUUGUUGUCGCUCAUGCUACCGUCUAUCAAAAAACUCGAUAUCGGCCUUGAUGUCUGUGACUUAUUGCUCGAUUUCAGGGCGGUUGCGCCUGCGCUAUACGAAAUUGUUGACGAGCUACGCAAGGAUCCAAACGCCUUCUCCUCAUACACCGCGUACUUGGCCAUCGUUUAUCCACUAAUAUUUCUGAAGAAUAUAUCCAAAAUCAGCAUGCGAAUUGUCUGGGACGAACACUUUGAGCAGAAAACCGACUUUGAGCAGGAACCCGAUCCUUACGGAACAGACAAAGGAGAGCAAGAACUUCGGGAGCUCCUUUUCGAUCUCUUGCGCAAAGACUCUUACGAACUAUGUUCAGAAGUAGAUACUCGUGACUUGGUAGGGUGGAUAGUCAGUAUUUGA